UUGGACUUCCGUCGCAUGGCGGCCGUGUGGUUGCCCUGGUGAUGUCGUGGCUUCAAGCGUCUUUCCUGGUCCCCGGCCCAGGAAAUGAGGGAGAUGUGUUUGAUGAGGAGGCGGACGAGUCGAGCCUGGUACAGCGGGAAUGGCGGAGCCAGAUGCGGAGACGAGUCAAAGAAGGUUAUAGAGAUGGAAUAGAUGCUGGCAAAGCAGUUGCUCUUCAACAAGGCUUCAAUCAAGGUUAUAAGGAAGGUGCAGAAGUCAUUAUAAACUAUGGACAACUCAGAGGAACAUUGAGCGCUUUGCUCUCCUGGUGUCACCUUCAUGAUAAUAGUUCGGCUUUGAUCAAUAAAAUAAAUAAUCUUCUGGAUGCAGUUGGCCAAUGUGAAGAAUAUGUGCUCAGAAACCUGAAAUCAGUCAUGCCACAGCCCCAUGUUGUAGAUUUAUUGGACUCCAUUGAAGAUAUGGACCUUUGUCAUGUAGUUCCAGUCGGGAAGAAGAUUGAUGGAGCUAAAGAUGAAAGACUCUGUGAAAAUAAUGCUGAGUUUAACAAAAACUGUAGCAAGAGUCCUAGUGGGAUGGAUUGUUCAUAUUUAGAGUGUUGUAGAACACAGGAACAUGCACAUUCUGAAAACCCAAGCCUCACUUGGAUUUUAGAACAGACAGCCAGUUUAGUAAAACAGCUGGGAAUAUCAGUAGAUGUAUUACAGCACCUCAAACAACUGUAAAGUUGGUAAAUGAAAGUAAUGUUUCAGAA